CUCUAGCGGGAUAUUACGAGACAACCAAACUCAAUUCGAGAAAGCUAUAGAAUUAACUCAAUUCGAGAAAUCUAUAGGAUUAACUCAAUUCGAGAAACCUAUAGAAUUGGCUCAAUUCGAAAAAUCUAUAGAAUCAAUCCAGUCGAAUUUUGGUUGUUAUAGAAUUGAUUUGAUUUUGUAA